UUCGUCCAAAAUUUUGGAUUGUAGUAUCAUCCUAGAGGAAUCUUUAUCCCAAGGCAUCUCAUAACAUAAUUUUUGUUCCACAAUUUACAUAAGAAGACACGGGUAUAAUUUCACGUACUUUCUAUGAUUUUAUAUACUACAUCCCUGAAUAUAGCUUCGAAAAUCAUAUCUUCUAGGGUACACAAUUAAAGGUUUGACAAUGAAGCCAUCUUUCAAAAGUACCAAGAAGAUACAAUGGGGUACCCUGCGUAAGCUCAUCGUUUGCUCAAGUCUAUAAACACUCACUGAGAUUAAGAUCUGCAGUUCAAUGUCCAUCUUUGGAAUUUCAACUCAAGUUCCCUAUUCUAUAUAACCCUCACCAUCAUCCAUCAGCACUCAUCCAUCCAUCAACCAAACGAUAAACCAGAUCAAACUGUCAAAAUGUUCACCACCUCUGCCUUCAAAGCUCUCUCUCUCCUCCUCCUUGUGGGAUUCACUAUCGCAUCACCCCUCGCAUGCCCAAGCCAGGAACCUAUCUCUUGUGCUGUUUCUCCAUGUCCAACUGGUCCGUAUAUUUGUUCAUUUUCGAGUUUUGUUGUUUUUCACAGCUCAAUCUAUCUGUACAUCACAUCUCUCCAUUCCUCAUCAUUUCACCCAUAUUAUUUCUCAUCAUCGAAAACCGUAUCUGAGAGUAAAAUGGCUAACUCUCACUUGUCAUAUAGGUCUCUGCUGUAAUGAUUCUUUCCUCUGCGGUACAGGUCCCGACUUUUGUGUAGCUGGUACUUGUGCUGGAGGUGUAGGUGGUACCUGCGCGGAUGGAUUAUGUUGUAGCGCCAAUGGAUUCUGCGGAACUGGGGAUGCAUACUGUGAGUUUCUUUUGCCUUUCUCUAUCCAUUUUCUAGAUUGAUUUGGAGCCACAGUGAUAUGAUCCGUAGUAGAAGGAAAUGGCAGAAUCUUGAAUCAUAUAAGCUAAUACGAAUAGGUACAACUCCUCCCGCAACAACACCUCAAGGUGCUUGUGUAGGUGGUAUUGGUGGUACAUGCGCAGUAGGAUUAUGCUGUAGCCCUAAUGGAUUCUGUGGAACUGGAGUAGACUAUUGUGGUAUGUUUCUUUUCCUUUUUCAACGGGCCUUUUUACAUCCCAUCAUUCAUCUCUCUCUCUUGAUAUGAGCUUAGAUAUAAACCAUAAUGAUGGGAUAUAAGCGAGUCUUGAAUUACAUGUGAAAAUCUGGAGCAUUUAGAGAAGCUAAUAUGAAUAGGUGCUUCUUCUACUACCCCUGAUCAACCAGAAACAGGUGCUUGUGCAGGAGGUGUUGGUGGUACAUGUGCAGCAGGAUUAUGCUGUAGCGCAUUUGGAUUCUGCGGAACUGGCGCAGACUAUUGUGGUAUGUUUUUUCUUUCUCAUUUUCAUCCGCUUCCCCAAUCCCAUUGUCCAUCUCUCCUUCUUUAGUAUGAGGUUAGAUAGACGAUGAAGAUUCUGUAAAACUCCCAAGCAAGAAGAGAAGCUAAUAGAAAUAGGCGCUUCUCCCGCUUCUUCCGCUCCUUCCUCUUCCCCUACUACUUCAGCAUUACCACAAUCAGGUGCUUGUGCUGGCGGUGUAGGCGGUACAUGCGCAGACGGAUUAUGCUGUAGUGCAUAUGGAUUUUGCGGAACUGGUGCAGACUAUUGUGGUGUGUAUAAUUCUUUCUCUUUCUAUUUUUCUUCUCCCCCCAAAUCCGCAUUUUUCGACUAGUACGUCGUCCAUCAUUCAUCUCUCCCUCUCCUCUUUGAUAAGAGAUUAGAAAUGAAAAAAAUAUGAUGAUGCAAAGAAAUGAGAAAAAUAUUCAUUCUCCAAAUCAUGAAUUUUAUAGGCUAAUAUAAAUUAAUUAAUUAAUAAUAGGUAAUACUACGGCUACAGCUCCAGCUACUACUUCCUCAAGCAAUCCAACUUCAGUUCCAGAAGUAAAGGCAGCGCAUUGGGCUCAGUGUGGUGGUAAUGGUUUCACCGGAAGCACGGUCUGUGAGGAUCCUUAUAAGUGUGUUGUUUCUAGUGAGUGGUAUAGUCAGUGUAUUUAAGUUGAUUGUGGAUAAUUGGUUGGUUGGAUGUUUGGAUGUAGCUUGCCAGCGAUGUGGAGAGUUUUGUUGGUUGUAUUUAUGUUUGUAUUUGUAUUUGUACUUGUACUUGUGCUUUAUUAAUUACUGAGGGUUAUAACUUAUAAAUCUUUGAAUUAUUAGUUUGGGUAUCAUUCAACGGUAUAGUUUGUCUGGGGAAGUGUAGAAGUUAAGUCUUAAUUACAAUUUUCUAGAUUUCGCGUCCGGGAGUUUCAAUGGUUGGGUUAAGUUGUGGCGAGGGGAUGGAUGUGUGUUGGAUUUUUUGGUGAUAUAUCACCUAAUUAACUCGGUCAAUUUCUGGGCGUGGUGAACCUCCUACUUUCAUCUUUAUGUUCAUGUUAAUGCUCAUCCCCACAUAUGUUGAAUCAUUAAUUACAUUACUGUGUGCAUCGUGGCUUUGCAACCAAUUUUCUUUUUUAGAUUGUAUGGAUAGAUACUGGUGAUACUUCUCAUCUGAAGCAGCUUAGAACUAUAUAAGAAUGCAGGUACUUUACACAAUCAACGAUAUAAAGAAUAUUUACUAGGCAGCCAUCAAGGUUCUACCUCUUUCAUCUAUGCUCUAUACUCUUGAUCAUUUGCUAAGAUUCAGGACUCUUCUCGUAUGUCCCUGUCGGAUACCCUAUCUAUUGGUCUAUCAGAUAAAUUUAUACUCAUUAAAUAUCUAGAUUGCAUUCAGUCGUUUGAUAAAAGCUCCAGCGGGUUGUUGUUCAUCAGAACAAAACGGAAGAGCUUUGACUAAAGGCUUUUCUUUCCUUCCCUGCGUCAACUACUGGGGUGUAGAGAACUUUUCUGCACAUGAAUAGUAUUUACUAAUUCCCCUGAUU